GUGUCCCUCGAGCAGGCAUCAAUCAACAGCCCUGGAGCUGCCUGUAACCAGGGUAUGGUUGCUGGGCCUUUGGGUCUCCAUUGGUCCUGCACAACCAACACUUCUGGUGGCAUGGCGGGAACCUCCGGUGCUUCUCAAACCUGUUAUUUCUGCCCGCAGACGGACGACAAAAUGGGCGUGCUAUUGCACGCCCAACAAUGCCAGAUGGACGAAAAUUGCGGUGUGCAGAACUGCCAGUCAACGAAGAGCCUUUUGGACCACUUGUCGACGUGCCGAGGUGAAAAGACGUGCAUCGUUGCGCGCUGCGUUGGAGCUAAAAAGAUCCUUUCCCAAUACAAUUCAGGAGGAUGGCAGCGAGCCUAA